AAAGCUUCGAUUGUUUAAAAGACGUGGCUCCCACGAUUUAUCCGAUCUCUCUGCUUGUAUUGUUCCUAACGAUUCCGCCGGUAAAAAACAGUACAUGCUUAGAUCCAUUGAUGACCCGAAUUAUACAGUCGGGUUCUCGGAUCGGACUGAGUCCGAUUGCCUCGGUAUACAAGUAGCAGCGGAAAACAAGGAUUGUCUAACGGAAAUCUCCUUGUAUCGUAUAAUGGCUGGAUUUAAAGGUUAUCCCCAAAUCUUUAAGGUUAUCGUUGGUGUAUUUAAUGGAGUCCUGGAGAAACAUAAAUGUGAAGCAGACCUGAUAGAGAGAGAACGAAACCUGUUAGAGUAAGAUUGCUGCAGUUGCGAAGAUUCUUUAACAGUAGUCGUUAUCCCUUGUGUUUGAGAUCUGACUUAAUGGGGCAGUUGGUGAAGCUUGUUGUUGGUGUGUGGGAGGAAGUCGGACAACGUGGAUGGCUGUUCUUGGAAGAUCCGACAGAGCGUAAACAUGAAGUCAUGGUCCACGAGAACCAGACUUACGCAAGUGUCCUGGAUCUUGUAAGAACACGCUACAGUGUUGGCCUGGAAACCGCUGUUACUCUGACCUAUGAAUUUCCAGAGUGGAUGAAGGGACCUGGAGAUCUAUCACCUCCUCCAGUUGAUGUUAGAGAAGAUGGGGAUGUGGAGCUCUUCAUGUCGAUCAGGAUUGAGCUGCCAGCAACUAGGCUGAUGGUUACGAUCGGUAACGAUGUGGUUGCCCGCUAUCUGUUCCAGAGACGUGAUAACUACACUGUUAUCGGGUCCUCAAAGGGUGUAACCAGUGAUAACACACGAACUUACCCGCCUCGAACUGAUGUUAGCCUGUACGAGAAGACUGUUAAUGUUAAUGCAUCACGUGUCCCUGGUGCUGAUGGGUCGGGGUUCUGGGAAGGAAUGCUGGCGCAGUGCAUCGUCACGGCAAGCCAGCAAUUCCUAACUAAUGUCUGCGCAAAUGAAGAUGUAACUUUGGGGGGGAAUGCUGCAUUAGCCGAGAGGAUGCCUCCAACUGAUGGUUACAUAGACAGUAGCGAUGGGACAAACUCUUCUACAGCUUCUUCGCCUCACCCAUGCGAGAAGGGGGAUGAGCUAUUCGAAAGUGGGAUAAUCCGUUUGGCAGAGGAACUGCCUGUGGCGCCUGCAGUGGCAAACAAGGCGUUAGCCAUUGUUGAGGCCGAACCUGGGAGAAAGUCAUAUUCCAUACUUGAAUACAUUACGAAGGGGAAAGAGAAAGUGUGCAAUGAAAGCGAAGAAAAGAAGAAGCGAAGCUACAAUAGCGGACCGCGUAGUCCGUUAAUGUCUAACCCAAACUUUCCUGAUCCUAUUCCAGAUGCAGACACGACAGAUGAAGAUUCGGAAGAGGAAGCAGAGAAGCAUCUUUUUGUUGGGCAGGUUUUCAUGGACCGUACGGCUUUCAAGACUCACAUGUCUCUCUACGCUUUGGCGAACAAGUUCCGGUUCUUGUGUCGUAGGUCUGAGCCUGGUAAAAUGGUGCUGAUAUGUCGGGGGAGUGAGUGUAAGUGGAGAGUGUAUGCCUCUAAGCUUCCGGGGUGUCCUCAGUUCCAAAUAAAGAAACUGGAUGAGGGACAUACCUGCACUGUUGAUGAGCGUGGUGAUUUCAAGAGGCAUGCGACUUCAAACCUAAUUGGAGAAAUGGUGAGGAACAAGUUUGGCAGUGGUGGUACUGGUCCAAGGCCAGGUGCACUUAGAGAGUUCAUGCGAACUGACCAUCACGUACCUAUAUCCUACUGGAAGGCCUGGAAAUCGAGAGAGCUAGCCAAGGAGCGUGGACUUGGAAACACAGCGGAUUCUUACAGAAUGUUGCCUGCCUACUUGUCGCAGCUGGCAGUGGCAAACCCGGGUUCAGUGGUAGCCAUCGAAACAGCUCCUUCAGAAGAGGAUCUCAAGCGCUUCAAAUAUCUUUUCCUCUCUUUUGGUGCUUCUGCUAAGGGGUAUCGUUACAUGCGAAAAGUCAUUGUUGUUGAUGGGACACACCUUAAGGGGAAAUACAAUGGAUGUCUUCUGAGUGCGAGUGCACAAGAUGCCAAUUAUCAGAUCUUUCCCAUAGCUUUUGCUAUAGUCGAUGGAGAAAAUGACCAGUCGUGGGGCUGGUUCUUCCAGAAACUAUCAUCCGUUGUAUCUGAUGGUUACGAUCUCGUUUUCGUCUCGGAUAGGCACCAGUCUAUAUAUGCUGGUCUCCACAAGGUCUCUAACAUGUGCGGGAUUGACACAAUAUCGAACACUCGCAGGGGGUGCAUUGGGGGGCUUGCUCAUUUCAACUUUAUCAGCAAGCGAUUCGCUAUCCCCCGAAUCUGAGUCGCUGUCAGAGUCAAUCACAACAACAGGCUCGACAGGGGUGACUACCUCUUUUAUCUGAGGAACAGCCGCAAUGAAUACGAGUUGGAUCGCAUCCACAAAACCAGCAUCAAGAGGAUCAAGAAUGGUGGAAGCAUUGGUGAGAGCAAAGCUUCAAGAUGGUUACGUUUCAUAUCCAUGGGAAAGACGAAUGCAAGAAGCCUUGCCAAUCUCCGGCUCAAGCAACUUCCUCUCCAUUCUUUUCCUUCCCAAAGCUUC